ACUGUAUCGAACUAUUUUGCAGGUUCUGAUUUCUUACCUGAGCGCUGUCGAUGAAACAAUGGUGCCGAUAUUUGUAUUGGCAUAACUCAGACGAACUAACCCAAGAGAAGGUUAUGCUUCCCACUCCGACUGGGAUGAUGAUAUCCCCAUCAUCCCGUGAAGAAACGACCCUCGAUCCAAGACAGCGAGCUUCUGUCACGCCGGGCGGCAUCCUGUCAGACUCGAAUGAAUGGAGUCGGCGAGAAAAGCGGAGAGGACAACCAAUCAUACACGACCUUUCAUUUUACCUGUGGCGAAAGAAAUAUUCAAAAAGGAGGGUCCGGCGAUGGGAAUAGAUGAGAACACAAUCUUUUCAAGAAAGGAAGCCUGUGUUCACUACAGGGACAAUCUUUGCAUUGCAUUUUACCUAAUCUCAGACUACUUCUACCCUCGGUCUCUUAUGGAAUCAAUCUUAAUCUCAGCAUUCCCUUUCAUCAUGCAUACUUCACAACCCAUCCUCGUUGAAUCCCAUUCGAACGCGACCAUUCGUGUCUCCUCAUCAAUAACCACCUCCAACCAUAAUCACCAACGAGCGGAUAACUCUUCAUCGUCCGUAAACCACAACGCACCUCAGUGCUGUCACUGUGGUUGGAGGGGAGCUCACGCCCCAACGUGCCCGUUCAAAUAAUCGUUGUAUCCCUGGUCUUAUUUAUUCAUUUCUUGCUGUCUCACUACUCGUCGCUGUUGUCAUUCGCAUUUCAUUCUUGCAACAUUUUGUAUCACC